CACGAUGCCGCGCAGGAAUGUGAAAGGCGCCCGCCCGCCGCCAUUUUCUUUCUUUCUUGGCAGGCAGCGAGCGGGGCAGGAAGCGGUGGCUGAGGGAGCAUGGCGGACUAUUCCACGGUGCCCCCUCCUGCUUCGGGCGCGCCUGGGGGAGGCGGCGGUGGAGGUGGAGGAGUGAACGAUGCCUUUAAAGACGCGCUGCAGAGGGCUAGGCAGAUUGCAGCAAAAAUCGGGGGAGAUGCUGGCACAUCAAUGAAUUCAAACGACUACGGUUAUGGAGGACAAAAAAGACCUCUUGAGGAUGGAGAUGGCUCUUGGACAAGUCCGAGCAGUACAACACACUGGGAGGGAAUGCCCUCUCCUUUUAAAGAUCAACCAGAUGCUAAGAAAGUUGCUCCUCAGAAUGACUCUUUUGGAAAUCAGCUACCACCGAUGCAUCAACAGCAAAGGUCUGUGAUGACAGAGGAGUACAAAGUUCCAGAUGGGAUGGUUGGAUUCAUAAUUGGCAGAGGUGGAGAGCAGAUCUCACGUAUACAGCAAGAGUCUGGCUGUAAAAUACAGAUUGCACCUGAUAGUGGGGGCCUGCCUGAAAGAUCAUGUAUGCUAACUGGAACACCAGAGUCUGUUCAAUCAGCAAAAAGAUUACUUGAUCAGAUAGUUGAAAAGGGGAGACCUGCACCUGGCUUUCAUCAUGGCGAUGGACCUGGAAAUGCAGUCCAAGAAAUUAUGAUUCCAGCAAGUAAAGCAGGAUUAGUUAUUGGAAAAGGUGGAGAGACAAUUAAACAAUUACAGGAGCGAGCAGGUGUCAAAAUGGUCAUGAUUCAAGAUGGUCCACAGAACACUGGUGCAGACAAACCCCUUAGGAUAACUGGAGACCCUUAUAAAGUUCAACAAGCCAAGGAAAUGGUGCUGGAGUUAAUUCGUGAUCAAGGUGGCUUUAGAGAGGUGCGCAACGAAUAUGGGUCAAGAAUAGGAGGAAAUGAAGGGAUAGACGUCCCAAUACCACGAUUUGCUGUAGGUAUUGUAAUUGGAAGAAAUGGAGAGAUGAUAAAAAAGAUUCAGAAUGAUGCUGGUGUUAGGAUCCAAUUUAAGCCAGAUGAUGGAACAACUCCAGAUAGAAUAGCCCAAAUCACAGGGCCUCCUGACAGAUGUCAGCAUGCUGCAGAAAUUAUUACAGAUCUCCUUCGAAGUGUUCAGGCUGGUAACCCUGGUGGACCAGGACCUGGUGGUCGAGGAAGGGGUAGAGGCCAAGGCAACUGGAACAUGGGGCCUCCUGGUGGAUUACAGGAAUUCAAUUUUAUUGUUCCCACUGGCAAAACUGGAUUAAUCAUUGGCAAAGGUGGUGAGACUAUUAAAAGCAUAAGCCAGCAGUCUGGUGCUAGAAUAGAACUUCAAAGAAAUCCUCCACCUAACGCGGAUCCAAACAUGAAGAUGUUUACUAUCCGUGGAACACCUCAGCAAAUAGAUUAUGCACGACAACUUAUAGAAGAAAAGAUUGGAGGUCCAGUAAAUCCAUUGGGCCCACCUGUUCCCCAUGGACCCCAUGGUGUUGUUCCUGGCCCACACGGACCUCCUGGGCCACCAGGUCCUGGUGCUCCCAUGGGACCAUAUAACCCAGCUCCUUACAAUCCAGGGCCUCCUGGCCCAGCACCUCAUGGUCCUCCAGCUCCGUAUGCUCCACAAGGAUGGGGAAAUGCUUACCCGCAUUGGCAGCCACCAAAUCCACCAGAUCCAGGUAAGCCAGGAACAGAUCCCAAUUCAGCAGCGUGGGCAGCUUAUUAUGCUCACUACUAUCAGCAGCAAGCACAGCCACCACCUGCAGCCCCUCCUGGUGGACCAGCUACAACCCAAACUAAUGGACAAGGAGAUCAGCCAAAUCCAGCACCAGCAGGGCAAGUUGAUUAUACCAAGGCCUGGGAGGAGUACUACAAAAAAAUGGGUCAAGCAGUUCCUGCCCCUGCUGGGGCCCCGCCAGGUGGUCAGCCGGAUUACAGCGCAGCAUGGGCUGAGUACUACAGGCAACAGGCAGCAUAUUACGCCCAGACAAGUCCACAGGGAAUGCCACAACAUCCUCCUGCACCACAGUGCAGGUUUGAUCCAGCCAGUAUAGAACUAGCUCUAUAGGGGUGAGGAGGACUGUGCUGUGUAUCAUCCUUGAUUGUUCCUUCAAGGAGCAUUGCACUGUAAGUACAUCAGAAUGACAAAUUGAUGAACUGCAACAGUAUCUUUUUGUCAAUGUUCCACAUAAUGAAAAUGCCAUACUUGUGUGACUAUUAUGUUGGAAUACAGUGCUGAUAUCUUAGGAAAUCAUAAUUGCUUCUUAAUUCAGAAACAUAGGUUUGCGUAUAUAUAUACAUACACAUAAUAUGAGUUUUGUGGGUAAGUAUUCUGGAAACGUUUAGCAAUAGCUAAAGAAAAUCAUGUUUCUGUUUAUCUGAGUAAUAGCUUUUUUUCAGUAGUACUCCUGAGACAGCUGUUUCAUUCAGUGUUUUAAAGUAUGCAUAUUGUAACAUUGAAGUCUUUGGAACCACUUGUUAGACAGAAGUUGUCUUUGUCUUCAGAUAGUCUGCAGAUAUGUAGUGAUGUAGGUAUGUUUUAAAUAAUUCUAUAACUGUUACUUGCUUUAUCUUUUGGAACACCAUAUUGUUGCUUUGAGAGUAAAUUCUUUUAGGGUGGCUGCACAGAGAAGUAGAAGUUAAGGCUUGAAAAUUGAAGUAGUUUAUUCAGGUAAUUAGCAAUGUAUGUAUUGUGCUGUAGAAAUAGAAGGAAUUAUUUUUAUCCCUUUUAAAAUUAGGAGUUAUUCUGGUAGCUUAAAAAAGGCUAGGACAGUAUUUUCUCUCUUUAGUGUAGGGUAUGAAGUUUAAUAGCUCAGAUAUUUUGCAUGGUAUUUUGUAGAUAACCUUAUAGAAUGGUGCAUUUAUUAUGUACUAAACUGAGCAAAAUUAAAUUCACUGGAUUCUUUAUCAUUCACAAAAUGGAGGCUGUUGAUUUUGAUUCAUUUAAGGUAUAAAAUCUUUAUUAAUUGCAAACAGUGCAAUUAUUUAUACUUCACAGUGCCUUCCCAGACCUUCCACCUUAGGUUCUGCUGCAAAAAAGCAACAGGUAAGCACAACCUAAGGAAGUAUAUAAAUUAAUAUAUUUCAGUACAUUAAUGUUGUCCCUGUGAGAUCUUUGUGGUUGUGUAUUGAAAAGCAAUCUGCUGCUUCCCCAAAUGCAUUGUUACUCACGGUUCCAUUUCAGUGGAAAGUCUUUUAAGUUUUUAAACAACUGUUUAUAUUUCUAGGUAAAUAUGUUGGUUUUUUGGGUUUUUCUUUUUUUUUUUUUUUUUUUUUUUUUAGAAAAUGUGAGUAGAUUGCAGUAAUUAAACUUGAUCAGAAUAAGUAAUUUUUGUUAUUUUUCCUCAAAUAGCUAAUUGUUGCAAUUAAAGAAUCAAAACCUUUAAAAAUAUAUAGGAAUUACCUUGGUUAGAAAUGUCAACAGCCUUCACAAAUGUUUUUUAUAUUAGGGCACUAUUUCCACUUAAGCCCGUAAGACCUAAGUAUAAAGAAUAUGACAACUUGUUGUUAUCACUGAACUUGAUAACUUGUCUUACAGUUAUAGUAUGUUAGUGGAAUUUUUAGAUAACUUAGUUUGCUUAUUAAUACUUGACAUGGUAGGAAAGCAUAUUUUGGAGUUUCAGAGAUCAGUAUGUUUUAACUGAAAAAGCAUGUGCACCAAUUAAAUGUUAACAGUACAGCAAAUAAUAUUUUAUCUAUAUAGCAGUCAGUGUAUCCUGUUUCUUGAUACUUUAACUGAAUUGCUGUAUAUUUUGAUAGUUUAACAUGUUUGUAUGUCUUAUAGAUGGUCUGGUACAGGUUUUUGUUUCUGGUUUUUGUUGUUUGUUUUUUUUUUCUUUUUCUUUUUUUUUUAGCUUAAAGUAAAGCAGCAUCUAUUUGGUUUUUUUGUUGAUUAUUCUGUUUCUAAAAUGUGCUGCUCCUCUUUCAAAAGUCCUGCUUAUCUGUACAUCAAAGAAAAAUAUUCAAAAAUACUGCCUUCAUUUUCACACACAGUGCUGAAGAUGCUGCAAGCACCAAAUCAUAGCUCAUAGAAUCAGGUCCUGAGAUAGUUACUACCAGUAAAGAGGAAUCCUUUGAGUGUAUGCCAUUGGUGAGCCGAUGAGCAUGGACCAUAGAAGGGCUCCAUGUAGAAGGUAAAAUUGGCAAAAACAUAACAGAUUUGAAAUGUAUCCCAUACAUAAUGGUGUAGGGUAUAAUUUUUUGUUUUGAUCACUUUUCAUUCUUUAAAGUAUUAUUUGUUUGACCAUAAAUGUUCCAUAAUCUGUUAAGUUUCUAAACUGUGAUUUAAUAAUAUAAACCAUCUAUUUUAAUUUAUAUUUUUCUAAACAGCCAAGCUUAGAUAUAUUGAAUUUUUGAACUAAAUUAAUAGCUGUGCUUCAGUUUCUCAAGCCACUUAAUAUUUCAUCUGUAGUUUAACAUGUAACUUCAUUUUUGAUGUGAGAAAAGGUUAGGUGUGUACCAUUUGGAUUUUGAUACUGUGAAUUUAGUGUUGGGGUGAGUCAUUUGUUCACUUCCUUUUACAUGAUAACUGUUGUUCCUAAAAUAUCCUAACAGUCUUUCAGUUGUAAAUUUAGCCAGUGGGAGGAGAUAGAGAAGAAAAAGCCAGUUUAUUGGAGUAAUGUUAGCGUGUGGAAGAUGACAUAUUCUUGUGUGUAGCGUUUGAGGUGUAUUGACUUUCAGCUUUCUCACUGCUGGGCUUACAGACAUGUUAUUUUGUGCUAAGUAUACGUAGUGCUUAUUUUUCAACUGUCUCCAAACUUAUAGUUCUUAGGAGAACAGAAAAUAGAUUAUUGGAGUUCUCCUGAUCCAAAAAGAUAACUGGACUUCCUUAGAAAUGUAACGAACUUGUCCAAAAGGUGUCUUUAAAUGUUUCCUGCUUCCCUCCCUUCCUCCAGUAGAGUCCCACAAAUUAAGUAGAAUGUGAAGAGUACAAGAAGUUUAAAAAGGAAGCAUAGUGUUCAAAGUAGGAAGAGCAUUUUCGUAUCGCUUUCUGCAGCCUGUACUUUAAUAGGACAUGAAAUAAAAUGUCAGGUGGAUAAUGUUCAGUCUAGCAUGAUCAUAAGUCAUCUAUUGAAAUUGUCCAGGCAGACAGGUUCAUUAUUCACUUGCACAGCCUAUCUUGCAAUAGCUCCUCUUUUUUACUAGUGGUAUUUUAUUGGAUGAUAGAAACUGUUUCUCCACUGUUUCUCUUCCAAAGUAAUUUUGGAGUUUUCCAUUGCAUGCUAAAAGCUUUUUAAUUUUGCUUUUUUCUGGAAGUGGGGGGAGGAAGGGAGGACCGGGCUUUUCAGAAAGCAUACAGUUGACAGGAUUCCCUCUUCCCUAGUAAUAGCUUAUAAAACUAGUAUGUAUGCACAAAUAUUUCUCUUGCGUGCAUGUGAAAUGCCUUUUCGUCCUGAGAAAAGUGUUCUCUGCAGAAACUACCCGUGUGUAAAAAGAAGAUUGGCUUUAAAAGGCAACUGUGAUGGGAACAGUGUCUUAGGGAGAUGCAGCUUGGACUUGAGGUAAAUUGAAUGCUUUACAAAAAUGUGGUUUUGAGCUUGCAUUGACAUUGUAUGUAAUAUGGGUACACGUUAACUGUAUAAUGUUUUUUGUAUGGUUUUUCUCAAUAAAUGUAAACUGAUGGAUAAUAA